CUUGGCUUUCCCUAGGGUUGAGGGCCGGGAGGGAGCUGGCUUCCAUCCAAGACAGGCUGGUGCAGUCAGAUGAGCUGUAAAUUCCAGCCUGCCCCUCGCCCACAAAAACCUGGAGAUGGUGAAGGUUACAGUGUGAGAACCCACCUCGCCGCAGGGCUGGUGUCUACAGCGGAGACCCAGCCGAAGAUCCCAAAUGUGGUAUCUUUUCAAGAUGUUGUCUUUCAUCCUAAUUUUUGGAACCACUCAUGGUGCCUAUCGAAAUCGAAGAUCUAUGAACCCUGAAGAAAAUAUGAAUAUUAGCCAAAUCAUUUCCUACUGGGGCUACCCAGAUGAAGAGUAUGACAUUACAACUGAAGAUGGUUAUAUCCUUGGCCUUUAUAGAAUUCCUUAUGGAAAGACAAACAGUGAUAACAGUUCAGCUCAGAGGCUUGUUGUAUACUUGCAACAUGGUUUGCUCACAUCUGCCAGCAGCUGGAUUUCCAAUCUUCCUAACAGUAGCCUAGGCUUCCUUCUGGCAGAUGCCGGUUAUGAUGUGUGGAUGGGGAACAGCAGAGGGACUACCUGGUCCAGGAAACACUUGUACCUAGAAACAAAUUCCAAAGAAUUCUGGGCUUUCAGUUUUGAUGAGAUGGCUAAAUAUGACCUUCCAGCCUCCAUUGAUUUCAUUGUGAAGCAAACGCAACAAGAGGAAAUAUUUUAUGUCGGCCAUUCACAAGGCACUACCAUUGCCUUCAUAACAUUUUCCACAAUACCGAUAAUAGCUGGAAGAAUCAAAAUCUUUUUUGCCUUCGCGCCAGUUUUUUCCAUUAAAUACUCAAAAAGCCCUUUGAUUAAAAUGGCAUACAAUUGGAAGUCGGUGAUCAAGGCUUUUUCUGGCAACAAAGACUUCCUACCUAAUACCUCAUUUAAAAGAUUUGUUGGCUCUCAGCUGUGUCCACUAAAGAUUUUUGGUAAAAUUUGUCAUGAUAUCUUAUUUAUGAUAUCUGGAUAUGACCAGAAGAACUUAAAUAUGAGCCGUAUGGAUGUCUAUAUGUCACAGAACCCAGCAGGAACAUCUGUUCAAAAUAUGCUCCACUGGAGUCAGCUUUUAAAUUCUAGUCACUUGAAAGCUUUUGACUGGGGCAGUCCUGUUCUGAACUUGGUUCAUUUUAAUCAGACAACUUCCCCGUUGUACAAUGUGGCAAACAUGAAUGUGUCAACUGCAACUUGGAGUGGUGAAAGUGACUUGUUGGCUGAUCCUGAAGAUGUUAAAAUUUUACUUCCUGAAAUCAGAAACCAUAUUUACCAUAAAACUAUUUCUUACUAUAAUCAUAUAGAUUUUUUGUUUGGAUUAGAUGUAUAUCAUCAAGUUUACCAUGAAAUCAUUGACAUUAUCCAAGGCAAUCUGUAAAGAACCAUGGUACUCUUUGUUGAAGGAUCUAUAUAAUUUCUAUUAAAAUCCAAUUUUUUUCUUACUUUGUAUAUUUUCCAGCUAUUUAAAUGAAGUCUGGAUUUUUUUUCUUUCU